UAACUAUUCUCUCUCCCUCCCUUCACUCGUUUCGUUUCUUUCUCAGUUCUGUAAUCCCUAAACCCCCAAAUUCAAACAAUUUUAGAUUCUCUCUCUCUCUCUCUCUCUCUCUCUCUCUCUCUCUCUCUCUGCUUGGGGAAUGCGUUCUGUGUAGUCAGCAGCUGUAACGCAAGGUCUCUCUCACUCACUCUCACUCUCCCUUUUCUGUCUUUCGUCAAGUGGGUGUGACAAAUGAAUAACGGCGGUUCGUGGUUACCUGAAGAGGAGUUAAAGGGUUUAUCGGAAAACUUCUUUGAUGAUCUCAUUAAUCAUACUGAUUUGCUUCUUGAAGAGGACAUGGAAACGGGCAAUGAUGAUGAUGAGGGAGAUUGGGAUGCCAAGUUUGAAAAUCUCGUGCCUCCGCCAUUGGAUGUCUUGUCCUCUGAGUUCACUCACGGCCUGAGGAAGCCCGUGCCCACUUUGAGGCAAUCGAGUUCUUCAGAAGUCUCUUCCACCAUCGAUAACUCCCUUCAUGAUGUCAAAGUCUCUACGCUAUUCCAGUCUUCAAGCGCACUCUCAGUCCUCGCCAAUGGUUCCGUCUCGUUCCCCUUGAAAGGCACCAGAAGCAACCUGCGCAAACGCCCCACACCGCCCACAUUCAGAUCCCUCAAGUCAUUUGCAUCAGAGAUGGUUCAGCAGUUUGCCCCUGAUGAUCCUGACUCAGAAACUUACCUCCCUUUUGCCAAGAAGAAACGCCAGAGGAAGAACAAGGACCAGUCAUCAGUCUCUGACAGUCCACAACAGUUCAACGCAGAUGGAACAAUCCGCAUGUGCACUCAUUGCGAGACAACCAAGACACCACAGUGGAGGGAAGGUCCAUGUGGGCCUAAAACGCUAUGCAAUGCCUGUGGAGUCCGGUUCAGGUCAGGCCGUCUUCUUCCGGAGUACCGUCCAUCGUCAAGCCCGUCAUUCAUCCCAAGCCUGCAUUCCAAUUCUCACAGGAAGAUCAUAGAGAUGAGAAGGAAAUAUCAAGACUUGCAACCGGGAUGACCCCUUUACUGUUAUGGAGAGAUGUAUUCAAUAUAGUUUUUGAGAGGAUUUGAAGUAACUUUGAUUUUCAAAAGAGCUUAGAUGAUUUUAGGUGCAUUAGGAAGUCGUUAUGAUCUCUCUUAUUAAAACAUUUUAGAAUCUAGUCUAAAAUGAUUUAGAUUUUUCUUAUU